GGGGCGGGUCGUUGGGGGAGCCGCCGUCUGCUAGCGGGGUGUGGAACGGCACGGACACUGUUUUCUCCGCCACCAUGGGGGCCCAGCUGAGCACGUUGAGCCGCGUGGUGCUCUCACCCGUCUGGUUCCUCUACAGCCUCCUCAUGAAGCUGUUCCAGCGUUCCUCACCGGCCAUCACCCUUGAGAACCCAGACAUCAAGUACCCACUGCGGCUCGUGGACAAGGAGAUUAUCAGCCACGACACGCGCCGCUUCCGAUUCGCCCUGCCUUCGCCCCAGCACAUCCUGGGCCUUCCCAUCGGUCAGCACAUCUACCUCUCAACUAGGAUCGAUGGGAACUUGGUCAUUCGGCCCUACACCCCCGUGUCUAGCGAUGAUGACAAGGGCUUUGUGGACUUGGUUGUCAAGGUUUACUUCAAGGACACCCAUCCCAAGUUUCCUGCUGGAGGGAAGAUGUCCCAGUACCUGGAAAACAUGAACAUCGGAGACACCAUUGACUUCCGGGGUCCCAACGGGCUGCUGGUCUACCAGGGCAAAGGGAAGUUUGCCAUCCGCCCGGACAAGAAGUCCAGCCCUGUUGUCAGGACAGUGAAGUCUGUAGGCAUGAUCGCAGGAGGCACAGGCAUCACCCCGAUGCUGCAGGUGAUUCGUGCCGUCAUGAAGGACCCAAACGAUCACACCGUGUGCCACCUGCUCUUCGCCAACCAGUCCGAGAAAGACAUCCUGCUGCGGCCUGAGCUGGAGGAACUGAGGAACGAACAUUCCGCUCGCUUCAAGCUCUGGUACACGGUGGACAAAGCCCCCGACGCAUGGGACUACAGCCAGGGCUUCGUGAACGAGGAGAUGAUCAGGGAUCACCUUCCUCCUCCCGGGGAGGAGCCGCUGAUACUGAUGUGUGGACCCCCACCAAUGAUCCAGUUUGCCUGUUUGCCCAACCUGGAGCGUGUGGGCCACCCCAAGGAGCGGUGCUUCACCUUCUGAUGGCCGGAUGAUGGCCACUCCCAUGCCUGCUGCUCACGUACUCACCACAGCCACCUGUCCACCCCUUCCGUCCCCACCACUGCCCCUCGCCCUAACAUAUACCCACAUCCAUGCUGGGGCCUGGGUUCAGCCUGGCCUGCCCGGCCCUGGUCAUCCAGCUGUACUGGCCCCUGAGGGGCCACUGUGGGAGCAGGCCUGUGUAUCAAGUGGCCCCUGUUAGCCAUUUUCUGCAUAGGUCCCUGUCUGGCUGUUACCAGAGCUGUCCCAUGACCACCCCCUUAUGCACACACACAAAGACAGAGAGAGAAAGAGAGAGAGAGAGAGAGAGAAAGGUGUCAGUACCAUGUCUGCCAUUGCCGUGGACCAGUCUAGAGAAAGGAAAAGUAAAGGGUAAACAGAUACAGUCCCGGGGCCCGUGCCUGCCAUCCAACCACCUGCCUUGGGCCGUAGCCUGGCCUGUGCCCCUAACACUACAUUAGACAGUGACACCCAGAGGUUCUCUUAGGAGGGUGUCUGGCAGUGACAGGCUAGCCCUCACUGCUGGCCAAGGGUCCCUGGGGGCAACACCCGGACACUUCCAAAACCCCAUGCUCCCCUGCAGCCUUGGGUGCCCAAAGCUGUCAGCCCAACAGAGUGCGGUAGACCUCGGGGUCCCAGGCUUGUUUCUCCACCCCAAACCUCCCCCUGGCUGGUCCCCAGCCUGCGGGGCUUCCGAGCAGUGCCUCUCCUCUAGGAGACAGACCCGGCCUGGCCUGGUGUUGCCUCCAGCAGGUGGUGGCCACCUCCUGCACACUGGCUUUUUUAAGACAUUUAUGGGCAGAAAAGAGUUAAAGUAAAACUUUGCUAAUACCAA